AUGUACGCUCCUCUUGCCCGCGUAUGCCUGACGGCGGCUCUGUUCUGCGUGGUGUCCGCUCUGCUACCGCCUUACAUAAAGCCGUGCAAGAAGAGCGAUCCCGACAUCAACAAGUGCAUCGGUCGAUCCAUCGAACAGCUUCGCGAUAAAUUGGCGGCUGGAAUCCCGGAACUGGAUGCUCCCGCCAUCGAGCCGUUGUAUUUGAAGGAAAUUCGACUGCUGAGAGGACCGGUUGGCGCGCGACUAGACGUGAAUCUCACGGACUUGCAGGUAUCGGGUCCUUCCUCGUUCAAAAUACGGGAUCUAAAAGCCGACGUGGAGAACGUGAAGUUCACCUUCAAGGUGUCAUUCGACAGACUGAGCUUCCAGGGGAAAUACCAGAUCGACGCGAGGAUCCUUUUGCUCAGGCUCGCUGGCGAAGGAGAUCUAACGGGGACAUUUACCGAGUACGAUUCCGACGUUGUUUUAAGAGCACGCAAGGUGUUCAGAGAUGACGACACCUAUCUCAAUUUCGAAAGGAUGAAGAUUAAUAUUAAAAUCGGCAAGGCCAAUUUGCACUUUAGCAAUCUAUUUCGCGAGGACUCGAUUCUGGGUACCGCCAGCAACGAACUGUUGAACAACAACAACGCGUUGCUCCUGGAGGAAAUCAGACCGGUAUUGGAGAGCUCAUUAUCUGAACUGUUCACCAACGUGGCCAAUAAGAUCACGAAGUCUUUCACCUACAAAGAAUUGUUCCCUGAAAAUUAA